UGACGAAAAGGGGCGGGGACAGUUGUAACGUUAGCAACCACGCUGAGAGACUGGGAAGGGGGGAAGCGUUAUCGUUACAGUGAAGGAUUGCCCUCUGAGAAAAUGUCUCGAAAUACAGACCAAAUGUUUAUCUGAGACGUCAAGAAGAGCUGAGUUUACUUGAGAAGCGGCGUGUCUUUAUAUCGAGCCGACUGGACAGUGAGGGAUGCCGCCAGCGUCCAGCUGUGACUGCCCCCACCUGGACUGUGUGGGGGAAAUCACCAAGGAGGAACUUAUCCAGAAAUCAAAUGGCCAUUGUCAAGACUGCAAAGUCAGGGGACCAAACCUGUGGGCUUGUUUGGAGAACGGCUGUGCAUAUGUAGGCUGUGGAGAAUCCCAUGCUGACCACAGCACAGUCCAUUCCCAGGAGACGAGGCACAACCUGACGGUGAAUCUGACGACGCUUCGAGUUUGGUGCUACGCUUGUGGCAAAGAAGUUUUCCUGGAGCGUAAAUUAGGUCCUCACUCUCUAAACGCCAUCGUCGAACCUCUUCCCUUACCGCAGAAUGACGUGCAGGAUAACAGUAAGGCCCCUGGGAGCCCAACUUCUCUGAAGCCGCCCUCUAAUGUUGGUUAUGAAGACUUGGACAUGGAGACAGAAGAGGAGGACGACCUGCGGGCCAGAGGUCUGACGGGGCUGAAGAACAUUGGCAACACCUGCUACAUGAACGCUGCCCUCCAAGCCCUUUCCAACUGCCCGCCUUUGACACAGUUUUUUCUUGAAUGUGGUGGUUUGGUAAAAACGGACAAGAAGCCUGCUCUCUGUAAAAGCUACCAGAAGCUGGUGUCAGACCUGUGGCACAAGAACAGACCCUCCUACGUCGUUCCAACCAACUUAUUCCAGGGGAUCAAAGCCAUAAACCCGAUGUUUAGAGGGUAUUCUCAGCAGGAUUCCCAGGAAUUUCUGCGCUGCUUGAUGGAUCAACUUCACGAGGAGCUAAAAGAGUCUGUGCAAGAGCCCUUCGAGCUUUCCACCAGCAUCACCAUGGACGACAGCCCUGAGGAGGACAACCACAGCCAGUCGGACAACGACUUCCAGUCCUGCGAGUCCUGCGGCAGCAGCGAGAGGGCCGACAAUGAGGUGCAGGGCGGCAGCAUUGUCAUGGACAACACCAACGAGGCGGAGAUGCUGAUUCCUGAGCAGGAUGAGAUCCAGGCCAACAGGGAGUGGCAGAAGGAGAAGAACAUGAUUAAUGAUCUGUAUCGCUCUGGGUUUAACGGCGUUAUGGGGGGAAACAACGGAGACAUCGACAAAGACGUUGACACCACCACAGACUCCAUGCCCAUUAUCAGCAGCCAAGGAGCCCUCAAGGUUCAAGGCAGAACAUCAGAUUGCUUUUCGGAUAUCCAAAUGUCCAACAUCACACGACCACAAAGUCCAGUCGCUAUAGAAGGACAUAUUCCCAAAAUAUCCAGCAGUCCUCCCAAAGCUACCUCCGGAUGGCUGAGCUUAAACCCUGCACACAAGAAAGCGGUCACCACCUUCUCCCCGCCGAGGAACAAGCGACAGAGGAAAUACCGCAGCGUCAUUUCAGAUGUCUUCGAUGGGACCAUUGUCAGUUCAGUUCAGUGCCUCACCUGUGAUCGGGUAUCUGUGACCCUGGAGAACUUCCAGGAUAUCUCGUUGCCCAUCCCAGGGAAGGAGGACCUGGCCAAGCUCCACUCAGCGUCCCACCAGACCUCCCUGGUGAAAGCCGGCUCCUGCGGGGAAGCUUAUGCAGCUCAGGGCUGGAUAGCGUUUGUCAUGGAGUACAUCAGAAGCUGGUUCUGGGGUCCAGUGGUUACACUACAAGACUGCCUUGCUGCUUUCUUUGCUAGAGAUGAACUAAAGGGAGACAACAUGUAUAGCUGUGAAAAAUGCAAAAAGUUAAGAAACGGAGUGAAAUUCUGUAAAAUGCAGAAUUUACCAGAGAUCCUGUGCAUUCACCUGAAGCGCUUCAGACACGAGCUGAUGUACUCCACUAAGAUAGGCACACACGUCUCAUUCCCGCUCGAAGGCUUGGACCUGCAGCCGUUCCUGGCCAAAGACAGCUCAGCCCAGACCACCAGCUAUGACCUGCUGUCCGUCAUCUGUCACCACGGCACUGCCAGCAGUGGCCACUACAUAGCAUACUGCAGGAACAGUGUGAAUAAUCUGUGGUAUGAAUUUGAUGACCAAAGUGUGACCGAGGUGCCCGAGUUGUGCGUCCAGAAUGCAGAAGCUUAUGUUCUGUUUUAUAAAAAGAGCAGCGAGGACGCAGUAAAAGAACGUAGGAGGGUGUCGGGGUUGUUGAGCAUGAUGGAGCCCAGCCUUCUGCAGUUCUACGUCUCCAGGCAGUGGCUCAACAAAUUCAAGACCUUUGCAGAGCCGGGCCCCAUUUCCAAUGAUGACUUCCUUUGUGUGCAUGGAGGCGUGCCACCCAACAAAGCGUCGUACAUCGAGGAUCUGGUGGUGAUGCUGCCCCAGAAUGUGUGGGACCACCUUUACAGCAGGUAUGGAGGGGGCCCUGCUGUCAACCACCUGUACGCUUGCCACACAUGCCAGAUAGAGAUAGAAAAAUUGGAAAAGCGGCGCAAAUCGGAGCUGGACCUAUUUGUCCGGCUCAACAAGGCGUUCCAGGAGGAGGAGUCUCCGGUGGUCAUAUACUGCAUCAGCAUGCAGUGGUUUCGUGAGUGGGAGGGCUUUGUCAAAGGAAAAGACAAUGAUUCUCCAGGACCGAUUGAUAAUUCCAAAAUAUCAGUCAACAAGAACGGACAUUUUAUUCUCAAACAAGGAGCCGACUCCGGGCAGAUCUCUGAAGAGACGUGGAACUUUCUCCACUCCAUUUACGGCGGGGGACCUCUGGUGACGGUCCGACCAAGCGUCAGCCACCAAGAAGCCGAAUCCUCGCAGUCAGAAGAGAAAAUCGAAGUGGAGACGCGCUCAGUUUAAUACAGCACUUGAGACGAGACAAAGAAACAUUCAUGGAUACAAUAAUAAAAAUAAGCUUUUUA